CCCCCCCCCCCCCCCCCCCCAUACACACACGCACACAGUGGAAGAGAGAAGCAGAAAUCUUCACUCGUAAAGACCUACUUUCUCUCUCAUACUCCGUCUCAAUCCCAGCCGGAGACAAUGACCUCACAAAUUCACUACCCAGUCGACGACAAGGACCUCGACGACGCCGCGCUCUGGGCCGUCAUCGACUCCGCCGCCGCAGCCUCUCUCUCCUCCACCUCCAAAUCUCGCAAACCCCUCGCACUCAAAUACACAAGCCCAGUCUCCAACCCCAACCCCUCACCUCCUACAAAGUUCCCCAAAAACCCUAGGAACCACCAUCAUCACCACUCGGCCGACAACAGUAUCAGAGUUUCAAUCGAAGGCGAGGUUUUACAAGAGCCUAGGGCUCACCACCGCCCGCAGAAGAUCGCCAGAUCUUGUGUUUCCGAGCUCAGCGAGACGAGUCCUCUGGCUGUCAUCAGGCACGUGCAGCGCACGCCUACUACGCCGUUGUAUUCAUCGCCGGACAGUAGGAGGUUUUCGUCGCCGGACGUCGGGAGGUUUGCUGUGAAUGAGUAUAAUCCUGGUUUUGAGGGUUCGCCAAUCAAUUGCAGGCAGAGUGAUGGGAGACCGAACAUGACUCAUAGCUUGGCCGGUCAAUUUCCUUCUGUUUCUUUGUUCAAAGAGUACCAGAAUGCAGCUAUGGCGAUUCUGGAGAAGACUGACUACACUUUGAUUUCCGGAAGCCCUUACAUUAAAAAAUCCGGUUGGAGGAAGAUAUCAUUUUACUUCAAUCUCUCUUAUGAAAUUAAAGACAAGACCAUUGAAUUUGAUGAGAAUCGUAACGUUCAGCGUGCAGAAUUUGUGGUGCGGGCACACAUGCAAGGUGGUAGGUUUUCAGAUGGAUGGGGCUCAUGUGAACGACGUGAAAAGAGAUUUUUGAAACCAAAUAAUGAUAUUCCCAGCACAGCAGAAACCAGGGCCAAAAAUAAAGCAUGCCAGGACCUGCUAGGAAUUGGAGAAUAUCGACCUGGAGCAACCAAUGCUCAGCGAUAGAUAUAAUCAAUUUAUAUUUUUCUUGUACUCAAUUACAGAUCCAGUUCAAGUAGUUUCUCCGAGAAGAAAACUAGGAUGAACGGUCAUAUCGUGUACGGUUGUACUAAUGAAAGGUUGAUGAGUGUGGAACACAGUUUUCCCACCUUAAGCUUCAGUUGUUAAUGAGAAAAGGACCCUUAUCUUCUAAAGUUUCUGCAAGUGAUAUAUGGGGAGUAAAAACUUAUUACUGCGUCAAUUAGUGUUGUAAAUGAUUUGAAUUUUGAGCUGUUGUUCGUUGAACAGGUCGGACCAAGUUUAGUCUUGAGUUCAUUAAACAAAUUGAGUUCCAACGUAAACCAAGAGCCCUUUUAUCAACUGAGCUUAGCUUGAAUAAUGGUAGGCUUAGCUUACUUUGAUUUGUGAACACAUGUUUAAUAAUUUUUGUAGUUUUAUACAGUAAAAGGUUAGAAUACAAUCUAACAAUGCU